CGCGCCCUAGCCCUCGGCGCCCCCGUGCGGGCGAGCGCGGCGGCGGCGGUUCCCAUGGAGAUGGAAGAUGGCGCCCAGGGGCCGCCAUCGCUCCUCGGCUCCGCUGCAGGUCCUGCUCUUCCUCAACGGCUGGUACUGCGCCACGUAUUUUCUCCUGGAAGCGUUCGUGUUCGUGUACAAAGUGCUGCUCCUGCCCUAUCCCGUCUCCAACUUGGUGCUGGACGUGGUUCUGCUUCUCCUCUACCUCGGCAUUGAGGCCACACGCAUCUUCUUCGGCUCCAAGGGGAACCUGUGCCAGCGGAAGGUGCCGCUGUCCCUCAGCCUGGCACUCACAGUGCCGGCAGCUGUGCUGGCCGUGUACUACUUGCUGCUCCAGACAUAUUCCCUGCGCCUGGAAGCGUUCCUGAGCGCCAUCCUGCUCCUCUUCUACGGCCUGGAGCUGCUCCUGGGCUUCCUGGCGCUGCUCUCCUUCUCCAGCACGGAUCCCUACUGAGGACACGGCCCAGGGACACAGGGAAGCAUCACCCGUGCCAGCUCCACUCCCCAGCCCCGGGAAGGGGGAGGUUUUCACCUUUCCCACUGCCCAUUUCACCUGGUGCCACCUGGACACAUCCCUCCCACUCUGUUGCUUCUAUGUGGACACAUCCCUCCCAUUUUUCCUGCUUCCCACUUCAGCAGGGACCUGCUGCCACACGGAUUCACCCCUCCCUUUUCCCACUUCACUCACUGGCCCCUGGACAUAUCCCUCCCACCUUUCCCACUCUCCAAUCCACUCGGACUCCUCAGAGCUUGAGCCAGCUCAAGGAAUGUAGGUCCCCCUGGGAACGCUCAGGUGCUUCCAGCACCUCAGAGCCAGUUUGGGAAGCACAGGAGCCCACUGGAGGAGGAAGAGGGUGAGGGACAACGGGUGCACAGACCUCCCCAAAUCCCUUCCAUCCCUCAUUAUCCCAAAUCCCACCGUAGGAAGGCAACAGGAGCGCUGUGUAAAAGACUGACAACGUCAUCUGAGUUUAUUACACAAUUCCAACCUAUCCAAAGACAAAUCUAAUCACUGCGAGCAGGAGGGGCGGCGCCUCGCCGGGGCUUCCAGGGAUUUGCUCUGCAAUUUAUGGGGGAAUCUUUUUCCCCCUCCACUAUUUGGAAAGAAACUAAAAAUCUGUGGCGGUAAGUAAAAAAAAACCCGGAGCUCUCCUGCCGAGUGCUCCCACCUCGUGGGGCUUGGGAAAAUCAGGGUGGUUUUUCCUGAAUUUGGGUUAUUUCAACUUAAAAAGACUUCCAGGGCCUGGGUUUUCCCACCUGAGUGUGAUUCCAGCCCUGGAAGUCACCCAGUGUGUCCCGGCUCAUCCUGACCCUCCUGGGCUCUCCCUGCCUCUCCUUCUUGGGAUUCUGAGGGGACACAAGGGGGUCACAGCCUGCCCUGCCUCUUCCGCUUCCUCUAAAACAAGGAAGGCUCUGCGGGAGAGGCCGGAGCUGCCGUUUGGGUGGGAAUGCUGCUGUGGGGAAUGUCGGGAUAGAGAGGAUGACCCCCAACCCAGCUCCAGCCCCUUUUUCCCAGCUCCUGGAGGGUGAAGGGGCAAAGGAGGAGCGUGGCACAGUGUCCCACCAGGGCGAUGGGGACGCGAGUGUCCCCAGGCAAUCCAGAGGAUGGCACAUGGCUCCUGAUCCCAGGAUCGGGAGCUGUGCAUCUCCAAGCCCCCAAGCUGCACGGGGAGGGCUCCGUCUCCUCCGUUCCCCCCCAGACUGGGAAGGGCUCACAAACCUCCCUCCAUGGAAUAAAAGCACCAUUUCUCUUUGGG